AUUUUUCAGGUUUGUUUGAUUAUGCUUAGUGGAAACUCUUCCCCUGCUUAGUCCAAAUCUUCUUUUGUGGGAUCAUGGGAAGAUCUCACUUUGUAAUUCGGAUGGUUCAUCAAGGCUGUGCAAACAGACCUUUCUAUCAUCUUGUUGUGCAUAAGUCACACAAGAACCAACAUGAUCCUCCAAUAGAGCAAGUGGGAAGCUUUGACCCCAUGCUGAAUGAGAAUAAUGAGAAGCUUGUUGCUGUCAACAUGGAACGAUUGAAAUUUUGGCUUGGUAAGGGAGCCAAGGUGUCCACACCCUGUGCAGAAGUACUAGGCAUCGUGGGUGUUCUUCCAAUCCACCCUCGCACAUAUAUGCAAGGUUGGCGAAUGCGUCUGAAGGACCUGGGUCUGGAAGAGGAAUUGAAACCACCUCCUGAACGUUUGAAACCUUAUGAAGAGGCAACUAAGCCAGUCACGUAGCAUUAGUUAAUGUGGUUGAAUGAAUGUCAUUGGCAAACAGUAUGAGUGUUUUUGUAGGUAAAUAUAUAAUCAAGAACACAUCUUAGUAUAUGUUGACUUCUGUUCCUCAACACUAGGCAG